ACCGAACGAAGCAGUUGUGUAAUAACAGCAGAACGACCAAGACGCUAAGCACCAUCAGCACGAACGAGCAAAAACAUGUCAUAAAGUUGCCAUUGAACUACUCGCACGAAUAUUUAGCCCUCCGAAACAAUCAGAUGUAACAAUGGCCGAUAUGUAUAUAUCUGAUCCUGAAUCUGACACACCAGAGGACGGUCAAGGCAAACCAGAGGCCACCAAGGAGACACUCUUUGGAAACACAUUGAAAAUACCUAGUCACCAGCCUCCUGGGAAACUGUCAUCAAGGCACAGAGUUAACUCUGAAGACCAGACCUGUAGAAGGGCCGAGAGCCACCCCCAGGACAGUGAGCAUGGAGAGAAUGACUUCUUUAGUGACGCGCCGUUUCGGACUCGAUCGCGCUCCGCUCCCCCGGCACUCUGGGCUGCCAAGAAGUACGGCCAGCAGCUGAGGAGGAUGAGCGAUGAGUUUGACUCCAUGCUAGACCAAAGGGGAAUGAGGCGAGUGGAGAGCGCAGGCACAACCCGGCAAAUGCGAACAUCCCGCAGCUGGUUUGCCUCCCUCUUUAGCCACAGGGAGACCGACGGAGACGCAGGCACAGGCUUCACGGCCUCAGACACCCGCACCGCUGAAUAAGGACGACAGUCGCCAUGGCCGGAGGGGGAGAGGAAGAGUCGGAGGGGAACGGAUGCACUGAGACCUCCAGAGGUCGGCUAAACACCAUCUCCCAUAAGGCAUUUCACCACACCAUCUCCCAUAAGGCAUUUCACCCCACCAUCUCCCAUAAGGCAUUUCACCCCACCAUUCAGACUGACCCGACAUCUGGAAGCGUAUCUUUGACUAAAUGCAUGUUCUAUGCAGAUAAGGACAGAUUGAGGCAUUGACAAGAUCUUGUCCGGCAACAAUCUGUUGGGAGGGGUUGGAGAUAUGAGGAUUUUAGAAGCUGCUUCUUUUACUACGUAAGUAUGGCGGAAAAGUUGAUGAAUCUUUUUAUUUGGAAGCAAACUAUGCGUGGACCAGGAGAACUGCGAGGGAUCAUUCGAUCUGAUGUCGAUGUAUAAGACUACAAUCAUUUGGCCAGUUCACAUUUGACUUGGAAUCACAAUCUGAAUUGUCUGUUCUAUAAGUGCCUAUACUGAGCAAUCUUUCACAGCAAUGGGGAAAACCACUAAAACGACAACCUGUGGUAUAUGGCAAAAUCAGCUCCAAAUAUACACAGGCUACAUACUGUACUUAUUUACACCAAGUUUUAUUGUUUUUGAAGGAAAAUCCUGAGAGCACUUUGACCCAAUGGUAUGACUUAAUGUGUCCAUUAAGCCAGUGCAUUUUUUGGAAGACAGUUCUAGAAGGAUAGGUGAAAUUUCUGCAGAUUAUUAGAUAACAGUUGCAACAAACAAAAUGUGAACAUUACAUUUUCUAUUCAUUUUGCAACUUAUUUUAUUGAUAAUAAUAUGAUUUUUCAUGGAGAACAUAACAUUUUGUGAGUGAUUCAAAACAGUUGAAAAGUAGUAGUGUAUAUUAUACUGACCGAGUUUGGUUUUUUUUUUUUAAUGGAGAAACUUUGCCAUUGCCUCUGGAGCUCUUUUGUUUACUUGCACACUUUUCUUACCAUAAUAUUUUCUCAUAUUCACAAUACCCACUAAACAUAGAAAACUACUUUUGUGAAUCAGAAUGCUGAGGUUUAUUCUGAAUUGCACUGUUAAGGGGCUUGAGGGUCAUGUACUAUAUUUCUUAUAUAGUACAUUUUUCUAUAUUUUAAUAAUAUUAAUUGAAAAUAAGGUGAAUGAUCACAAAACGGGAUGACAAACCAUGGCACAGAUUAUAUAUUUAACACAUUAGUUUUAGCAUCAUUUUUUUUUUUUCUGUGUAUAUUUUUUGCUUUUAUUGGGAUAGAACAGGAAAGAGACUGACACAAAGGGAGUUGGAGAGAGAGAUGGGGUGGGAUCGGGAAAUGACCUGUGACAGGCCCGAACCCAACCCCCUGUGGGCACUCAGACCCAAUUGUGGUACGGGUGUUGUAGUCAGUUGCACCACAGCUCCACCCAGGAGCAUUUUUUUAAUUAGGUUAUCUACCUAUGGUCUUACCCUUACCCUCAGAUUGUGAGUAAGAAGAAUAGGGUUCGGUAAAACCAACUGGAGGAUUGUACCUUUUCUAUUUGCUGUGUCAGUGCCAGUUUCUUUUUCACUACAGGCACACAUUAUGGAUUAAAAGUGUAUGAUGCCUUUGUCACAUUAAAAGAUGCCUUUUCGAACAAACUACAUUCACACCAAAUGCCUUAAUGGCUGUGUGGUUUGAGAGCACCUGAGCAGGAAUAGCAAGCCAUUCAAAGGGCCAUCUCAGUAGAACUCUCAGAAAAUCUCAGACAUUACUUGAAACACUCUUUAUAUAUACUCUAUUAUGUUUCAGGGGGAAUGUUUAGUCUGUUUUGUGCACUUACUUUUAUGUUUUUGAAAUGAAACUGUUAAUAUGCAUUAUAAUGUUUUGAAACCAUUGUUGGCCUCUUGUAAAAUAAACAAAUUACAUAAAAUGAAAA